AUGGGGAAGGUUACGAAGAGGCCGCAGGAGAAGCACAAGGUGUCGUUGUCCCCGGCGGUAUCAGAUUUAGUCAAGCAGGUUUGCACCAUCCCUUUGGCUGAUAUUCCCGCUGUCUUCAACCACUGGUCACCCAGAUGGGCCUUUCCCCGUGGCGAUCUCUUCAACUGGAUCGAUGCUCUCGAUCGAUUUGACAGCAUCCUCCAGUCGUUCAAUUCAAGAUAUGGCCUGGACAAAGGUCCGCAGACCAUACCGUUCGGCUCGUCACUGGUACUUGAGGGGAGCCCUGGGAUCAAUGAGCAGGGUCUAAAAGAGCGAGGAUUUGGCCCAGAAGGCGACAGAGAACUGGUCGAGGCUAUCCUGGCAUUUUCCAAGCUUCUGGUGGAAAACUGUGUGAAUCGACUUGUCUACAAUAGCACAGACCGCUUGAAUGAUUUGUUACAUACCACUUCACUGUCGCUACUGCACUCCACUCUGCAAAUCACCUUUCUCGUGGCACAGCGGUACGGGAGCACUCGCCCUCCUCAUUCGCCGAAAUUUCUUGAUUUCGAUCAUGAGCGCAUCUUGAGACUGGCUGCGCCGUUUGGACCGCUCCCAACAAACCCCAAGCGUGGACCACCGUCUCCAGUCAAGACCAAGUCCAGAGAGAAAAUCCAGCACAGCGGCGGCAAAUCGAGGCGCGGCUCGACUGCAUUCAAUCCAAAUGACUUCCGGUCUCUUUGCAAGGAAAUCCCACCACAGGGUGACCGCGGGAAAUCUUCAUCAACUGGACUUGAUCGAGAUUUGUCUGCAUGGGCUCAGCCCGUUAGAGUCUGGUGGGAAACCUCAAGUUCGGAACACGAGUCUCGCUCUGUUGAAGCAUCACAAUCAUCAGAGCCCCCACCUACGCCUACACGCACUCGCCCGGCAUCGAUGGGACUCGAUACGACGAAUACCAACGGCUCCUCUAACGAGAUUGGCAGUAGUAGAGUUGUCCAUGCACCAGGUGAAGCGAGUAAAAACUUGAGGAUUCUCGAAUUUUCUCCCUCCGACCUUUCAGCCACCACCAUUGAGGCGAUAUUGCACGACCACCUGGCCGACGAUAUGCCGCCAAAGGUUCGAUACGAGCUGCUGCAUCAGCUUCGUGUCGCCUAUGCUUUGAUCACCUCCUCGAAGACGCGGAAGGAGCUAUUGGCGGUGCGACUCUUGGCUAUUGCCAGUUUGGCCAAUGUCUUUGUCGAACCGGACCUCACGCAGAAACUGUUCUCGGUCGAGAAACCCCAGGAAUUCAUCCAGCAGGUUGUUGGACUUCUCCAUGAGACCAAGAAAAGCCACAUCAGCGUCUCGCUCUAUCUUCAAACUUUGGCCAUGGAGACGAUGUCUGUCCUAGCACGCACCAAAUCUUUUGCUUCCGAGAUCCACGCGGCGUUGGGUGCAGGAUCAAGUCAAGGACUCCUUGCUCAGUUGACCCAGAAAGGCUUGAACGACAUUGCUAAUGACAACGACGAUACUGACAACGUGUCUGGUGACGAUUGGAGAGAGGCAAUCUUCUGCUUGCCUAGGACGCUCAUUGAGGCGUCUGGACACCACGGACGCUCCAGCGAAGCGGUCAUCCCUUCAAGCUUUGUCACCUUGUACCUCUCCGGUUUCAAUCUUACAACGUCAAAGGCCACGAGGGUGCACACGCGGAUGCUGGACUUCAUCAAAACCUUCUUCCAUCAUUUCAAAGAUGGCUUGGCGACCUUAUGGAGCAACAAUGCUUUCGAGGCCGUUUGUAACCUCUUGAGUAGCCUUGUGACAAGUGCUUGGGAUCUGGUCAAUGCUGGCGAAGGGAUACCAGCACAGUACAAGACGCGUGCUGUGGAAUAUGACAUUCCAUACACGCAUCAGCAAAUAAUUCGAUCCAUCGUUGAUAUGAUCAAUGACAUCAGCGGUCAUCAGGGUCAACAGGCUGAUCGAGUCUUGAGAAGUCUGGUCGAUUCCCAAGCUUUGCUCCGUGCCUUCCGACUUAUUCUUGAUCACCUGACCGCUUUUGGUGCGCAUACAUGGAGCGAAGUCAUUAAGGCGAUCUGUGGAUUUCUCCACAAUGAGCCAACAAGCUACACAGUGAUAUCCGAAGCAGGUAUCAUUCAGAGCAUCCUCAACACUGUCAAUCCGUCACCGCAUCUCCCAGAAAGUCCAGCGAACCAGAAGCGGUCAAAGUCUAUAUCGUCGGUUCCUGAAAAUCGGCCACAAGGCAUUCCACCUGUUGUGGAUGCAAUUGUCAGUGUAUCCCAGGCCUUUGGCGCCAUUUGUCUCACGAAUGCUGGCUUCGACUUAUUCAAAUCUUCUGGUGCUCUGGAAAAGUUCUUCGAGAUCUUCGAGUCACCCCCACAUGUCAAGGUGCUCAAUGAUGCAAAUAUCCUGGCAAUGCUCGGUUCCACGUUCGAUGAGCUCGUCAGACACCACCCAAACCUGCGUACUUCGGUUUUGAGCGCGGUGAUGAUCAUGCUUGGUCGUGUGCGGCAUAUAGGGAGGUCAUUCUCCGUCAACUUUGGCGCAGGAGUAAAGCUGUGGCUUGGUGUAGAGGAUGAGCUUGUCCCCUGUGGUGGAGUCGAGGCUCUUUCAUUGGAGAUUCUGCCGCCGGUCUCAACAGCUGCCGACAUACCUUGGUCUGUCAGAAAGAUUGAACUGCCGAAUGGCGACAAACUGAUUCUGGAAGAUGAGAUACUUCCCCCAAGCAAUGUUGCCGGAACGCCAAGUGAUGAAGAUGACCAUGGGCUGACGGCGAGUGAUUAUGUUAGACCUGCGAUUGGGUUCUUGAUGACUUUCUUCGAGCACCAGGCUCAUUGCACUGGUUUCCUGGAGCACGGUGGGUGCGAUCUUGUGUUGGACUUCAUCACAUUACCCAGCCUGCCGGUUGCAACCCAACCUUUCGAAAGACACGGAGGUAUGUUACAGGAACUGGCCGCGACUGUUCACAUGAUGGCAGAGACCAAGCCGCACGUCGUCCUCCCAGCUCUUGUCGACCGAGCACGGUUCGCUUGUUCAGAGCUCAAGCACUUCAGCCAAUGUCAACCCAACGAUUGGUCUUGCUAUUUUGGCCCUCUAGUCAAAGCUGCGCCAGGCACCGGGGGUACGGGAAAGGGCCUCGCUCCCCAACUGUCUGAGGUGGAGAUGAAGGGGACUCGCAUAGUCAGAAGCCUGAUGGCCGUCUUUUGUCUUGCUCAGGUUUUAAGUGAGAUCUUCAACCACCCGGUCUAUAACCAGAGACAUAUGCAGAACUUCCUGUUCGGUGUGGUGAACCUGGAGGAUGUUUUUGCCGAGGUUGCCGAAAUGAUGGGGGCUAUCUCAGCGGCCUGCUAUCGCGAGGAUGUUGCGCUACAGCGCUCGAUCCCUGAAUCCUGGAUUUCAGCAACACGACCUGAACAAUUUUCAACUGGUGACGAGGAAGUAGACAGGCUCUUCAAUGUUCGUGACAUCACCUCUCGCCAACCUGACCAGUCGACACCUGAAAAUGGAGAUGGUACAGCAGUCUCCGUGCCAGAUCCCGCCACACUCAGUCAGGAUCAACAGACGCCAUUUUUCAAGAAUGUUCAAACUCUGCGCUUUCUGUUGAUUGAGACUCCUGAUGCUAUCACAGACUUUCUGUGUCGACUUGGCCGCAACAUCGUUGGCCGGCGUCGCGCAGACAACUUUGCCAAACAGAAGGCGUCCUUGGUCGCAAAUGCACUCGCGUCAGCCUAUCUGACCCAACUUAAACCAUACUUUCUCCAUCCGAAGACGACGCCAAACGGGGACGCGGAGGAUACUGAACCCCGCUUUACUUACCUUGUGAUCGCCCUAGACAAUGUCCGGCGAAGCUUCUACGACGAUAGUAAUUCGCCGUCAGGACCCAUUCCAACACACCCAGCCCGUCAAGGGUUCGUUGUUGAAGCAUUCCGCAAGGCUGGGGGUAUCAAGGCUCUGACAGAGAUCGGCACGGACUUCUUCGACAAAUUGAAGUCAUGCAAGGUCGAGCAUGCCAUCUUUUCAGCAAACACAGGUCUCAAAAUCUGUCUCGACAUCCUGGAGGAAUUUACGGAUUCGAAGUACAUAAUCGAGUCGGCACAGUCGAAUAACAUGAAGACUCCUGACCCUCUCAGACCAUGCUACUUCAUUCCAGCUCAAGCACUACUCAACCUCCGGAUGGAAGCGCUCCCGCUAACGCGUUUGAUCUGGGCGAGUGAAUACGCGGAUCAAGCAUCCAAAGACGUCGUGCAGAGGCUGGUCUCGAUCCUGAAGCACGUGUUCACUGGUGACCUUGAGGCGGAAGCAGUUCAGACUGAUACUAGUCAUCCUACCCUGGCACCGUUUGCGCCGAGAAGACUGGAGUUUGACCCAUCGAAGAUCAACAUUCUGAAGGAGAAGGGCUAUAAUGAAGAACUUGUUCGUGAGGCUCUGUACCGGUCGAAUGCCCAAGGACCAAAUAUCUACACGCCAGCAGAAGAGUACUGCCGAGCACUUUUGGCAAAUCCUCGCCGGCGACGACUACCGGUCCCUGGUAGAGAUACUGAUCCCACAGCCGCUCCUGGUAAUAUGCCUGGUGUUGCGACUCCGCCAACAAACUCGCACUCAUCUUCGGGUUGGAAUUCACCAGGGGCGGAUCACAAUAUGCUUCCCUCUGUGCGACAGACUAUUUAUGGCUGGAAUUCACUAGGGGCGGUCCACACUCUGCCUCCAAACGUGAAUCAAGCUAUGGAAGACAACGAAAUGGAAGAUGUCACCGCCUCUAAUCAGACUGCCACCACGUCACGACCUGCGGAUCAUCCUGCGACGAGUGUUUCUUCUGCAAUGGACAUCAGCAAUCUCCUCAACAACGACAGUGAGCCUGAACGAGAGGCCCCGCAUUCUCCAGAGCCGGAUUUACCACAUUCCUACUCUGUUCAAUCAAUCAACGCACAGCGGGCACUUAUUAGAGAGGAUCUCGCAGAGCGGUGCAAUAAUAUUCUCGAGAAUCACCCGAAUUUAACUUUUGAGCUUUCCGACCUCAUGGUCAGUGCAACAAAGAAGUUGAGCGAAGACCAAGCUACUGAAUAUUGGAGAACGACGGUGGAUCUUCUCACCAGCUCAUUAUUGUCCAUGCAAGGAGAAAACGAAUUCGACGAAACACGGGGGAAAAAGAUCGCCGCUGCAGCGCAUCUGGUUGCUCUCAUUAUCCAGGACGGGGAAGUAUUCAAAGAGGCACUCGGUAUAUUCCAAGACUCAUUCGAGGGCCUCCUUUCGUUCUUGAAUCUUCCAGUGUCAGAUGGCCGGACUGAUGAAGCCUCUUUCCCAUGGGUGGCCCCCAUCUUGUUGAUUGUUGAGAAGAUGCUCUCCAAGGAUUGUGAGCCUGCACAGGUCCGGUGGGAACCACCCACGGACGUUGAUUCUGUCACGAAAGCUGUGCUUACGUCGGUUUCUGUGAUCAGCAUGGAAGAUAAACAUAAACUCUUCGAUGGACUCGUGAACCUCCUUCCGCGCGUCGGCAAGGACAAAAGUAUGGCUUUGGCCAUUACUCGAGUUCUAGUUGGCCUCACGAGAACCCGAGAAAUUGCUAGCAGACUAGCUGAGAAGCGAAACCUCCAGAGACUCUUCCUCAUGGUUAAGCAGCUUACCAAUGGAGUGGGGCAUCGAUUGCAGAGUUGUUUUAUGCUCAUUCUACGACAUAUUAUCGAAGAUGAUGCAACCUUGAAACAAAUCAUGCGCAGCGAGAUCAGAGUUCUUUUCAACUCUCGCACUGCGACGCGACAACCAGAUACCAAUAGCUACGUUCGAGAAUUGUACCACCUUGUGUUACGCUCGCCAUCUAUGUUUGUCGAAACGACAAAUGAGGUUGUCAAAUUGUCUUCAUGGCAGCCACACGCUGGGGGUGUGGCCCCUCUGGUUUUGAAAGGGACCGAUGAGCCCAAGCUACAUAACCAAGGUGAGGAGGGUGUUAAAGAUCAGACACACGACGAAAACAGAAUCGACCCUACGCAACCAACAGCCAGUGUCGAGGCCUCUCAAGAUCCCAUGGAAGACGGUAGCAAAGUUGUGGAGCACCCGGAUGGAGUCAUCCACUUCAUCCUGUCGGAAUUAUUGAAUUACAAGGACGUCGAAGACAAGGAAAUCCCAGUUGUGGCUCCAGCGAGUUCAACUGUAAACGGAACAUCAAAUCCAGAUCAACGGACCGCCACAGCAGAUUCGUCUGAGCGGCCUGUCGUUGACGGUAUGCAGCCGAAGCCAGAGAAAACGAAGUUCAAACCUGAGGAGCACCCAAUCUUCUCCUACCGAUGCUUCUUGAUGUACAACUUGACCGAGCUUCUUCACUCUUACAACCGUACCAAGAUCGAAUUUAUCAACUUCUCUCGCAAGGCCGACCCAAUGGCAGUCACGCCGUCGAAGCCCCGUUCUGGAAUUCUCAACUACUUCCUCAACGGACUGAUUCCGUCUUGCUAUGUUGACAAGGAUGAUUCGCUCCAAUUCAAGAAGAAAUUGCACACUAGUGACUGGGCCAUCCGGGUUAUCGUGGCCCUAUGUUCCAAGACAGGGGAAGCGGGCAUGACUGCCUCUAAUCAUCAAAGAUACGUGACGCAGUCGCAUAUCGAGGAUAUUGACAAUGAACCAGACCUUACAUUUGUGCGCCGCUUUGUCCUUGAGCACGCCAUCAAAGCGUACAAGGAUGCAAUCUCGUCGAACGAAUCUCUUCAGAUGAAGUACAGUCGAUUGUUGUGUCUCUCCGACAUGUUCCAUCGUCUCUUGACAAAACCCGCCGUCCCCGAUGGCUCCGCUGGCUCCUGGAAUACUUCAUACAAGGUGCUUGCUCGGAUGAUGUUCGAGAAGAACCUCAUCUCGGUCUUGACCAGUUCACUCACAGAGAUCGACCUCGCAUACCCUGGCUCCAAGAGAGUGAUCAAGUUCAUCCUGCGUCCGUUACAGGAGCUCACCCAAUUGGCUACCCAACUCAGCGUCACCUCACCUGAUCUUUUGAACUCCGUGGCUUGGAACACGGCUGCUGACGACGUGAUCUCAUCUGCCUCUUCCGUUUCAGAUGUCGACGAAGAGCGGGAAGAGACCCCUGACCUUUUCCGAAACUCCGCCCUCGGCUUACUGGAUCCUAAUCGGGAUCCUGGGUCCGACUCUGCGACGGAUGAAGAAGAUGAGGAUGAAGAGAUGUAUGACGAGGCGUACGAGGAUGAAAUGGAGUACGACGACGCUCUUGUUGCAGGCGGAAACGAUGACGAAGCAGUCAGCGAUGAAGAAGGUGAAAUGGGGCCAGAUGGUGAAAUAGAGGGCCUUCCGGGUGAUGUACCGAUGGAUAUUGAAUUCGUAGUCAAUGAUCCUCACAUGGAUGUCGACUCGGACGUUGAUGAAGACGACGACGACGACGACGAUGACCAGUCCGACGAAGACGACGACGAUGACGACGAGGACGAAGACGGAGAAGACUUCGAGAUUGGUGAAGACGAAGACGCUGGUGAAAUCAAUGGAGACGAUGAGAACAACAGUCUCAAUGAAGGGCCAGAAGACGAAGAAGGAGCAUGGGAAGACGAGGACGAAGACGACGACGGCGAUGAUACAGAAAGUGCUGAGGAACGACAUCGCAUCGCAGACCUCUACCCUGGCAUGAUGCCUAUUACUGCUGAACAGGAUGGUGACAAUGGCACGCCCGCGUCAGCAGGUGUUCUUAGCAAUCUUCUUCGGGUUUUGGGCGACCACGACCUUGAUGCUCCAAUGAGAGGAAUAGUACAAGGCGACAAUCCAGUCCGGCCUCCCAGGACUGCCAUUCGAUCUCGUCCUACGGUAGAUCCAAAUAUUGUUCCACCUCCUCUAAUGGGAAUGUUCCCAGCAGAGGAUGUGGACGAGGAUGAGGACGAGGACGAAGAGGAUGACGAAGAGGAUGACGAAGACGGCGAUGAGAUGGAUGAGAUGGACGGGAUGGAGUAUGGCGACAUUGACCACUUCCUAGCUGGCGGUGCCCGUGACUUCAUCGAGCAGCACCGCCAACUGACAUGGGACCAUCCGCCCCUUAUGCGCCGACAUCGUCCGCUUGGUGGCUCUGUCUGGAGUCGCCUGAAUAGGCGGGUUGAAACCCGCGACGAUCUCAAUCCAUCUGGCCGCUCGGGACGUAUGGCGGGCCAUGUUAGGCCCAGCGAUGAUGGUACAAACCCUCUGUUACGAAGACCUCAGCCAGAACCACGACAAAGAACAGAACACUUGGGUGGUGCCAGCAUUAUACUUCCACCUGGGCUUGAGAUGCUCCCAGGCGUGCCUGGCCCCCCUCUUCAGGCUACUAUCCACACCAUGGGUGCGCACGGAAUAGGCGGGCACGGUGCGGUACUUGAUGCCAUCUUCUCGGCUCUUCAGCGUGGCGAGCUGGGUAGUGGCCGAGUCCAAGUCCGCAUUCCUGGGCCUCUUACAGACUUCCGAGACCCCUGGCCACCGGCUGGGUGGGAUUCACGCCAUCACCGUCACGUUUCCCGCGACGACUCCCAGCGCGGAAACAACUUUAUUCCCUUGCCCACCAUGCAACGGUGGCAAGAAGAAGUGCGGCUUCUCUAUGGUACUACCUACGUGGAAAAGAUCCAGCGUGUCCAAAUUUGGCUCAUGUCGGUUAUGGUUCCAUUUGCUCAACAGGAGGAGAAAGAAGCCAGACGUAAGCGAGAACAGGAACGCCAGGCACAACGUGAAGAAAUGGAAAAAAUGCAAGUGGAAGAACAUCGUCAAAAGAAAGAAGCCGAGGAGCGCGAAGAAGAGCGUCUACGGGUCGAGGCUGAAGCUGAGGCCGCAGCAGCCGCCGAGGCUGGAUCCCAGGAGGACGAAGAUGAGCAUGAAGACGGCGACACAGUUCCGAUGGAGGACGUACAAGAUACAGAUGGAAUAACUGCGCAAGAGACCACUGAUAAUGCAGCCUCGACUUCAACAGCAACUGACUCGCAACCUCGCGUUUUCACCACCAUUAGAGGCCGGCAGAUCGACAUAACGGGGCUGGCGAUCGAUAUCGAGUAUUUGGAAGCACUACCAGAGGAACUCCGCGAAGAGGUCAUCAUGCAGCAGUAUGCUACCCGGCGUGAAGAAGCUCGUCAAGAAGGGACGAGCACGUCUGGCAUUGAUCCAGAUUUCCUCAACGCUCUACCGGAAGAAAUCCGAGAAGAGAUACGGCAACAAGAAGCUCACGCACAACGUCGACGCGAGCGUGAGGAAGCACGCAGACAAGCUGCAGCAAAUGGCGGAAACGCCCAGGCCGAAGAAAUGGACAGCGAUAACUUCUUGGCUACUCUCGACCCUGCUUUCCGUCGUGUAAUACUUGCAGAACAACCACCCGAGGUUUUGCGGCAGCUUGAUCCCCGUCACGCUGAAGAAGGUCGGGCACAUGCCAGACGUCUGUAUCAGUAUGUCAGGACCGAUGCAGGCGCUCGUGAAGACCGUUCGGGCGAUGAUGCAGGUCACCGCGAUGGCAAGCGGCAGAUUAUUCAAAUGGUUGACAAGUCUGGGGUUGCAACUCUGUUGCGCCUUAUGUUUCUGCCCCAACAAGGCUCGCUCCGCACAAAUUUGUGGGCUAUCCUCCGCAAUAUCUGCGGAAAUCGACAAACUCGAUCAGAAGUUGUCAAUCUUCUCCUCCUCAUUCUGAAAGAAGGCUCAACGGAUGUAACGGCUGUCGAGCGCAGUCUUGCCAAUCUAUCGUUAAGGGCGAAGGCGACCGUUGGACAGAAAACACCUCAGCCACUUAAGCGCACGCUUUCAAUGCAGGCUGCAAGUACCAUCAGCGAUGAGGUUACUCCUCUUGUGGUCGUGCAGCAGUGUCUUUCUGCCUUGAAGCAGCUUUGCCAGACCAUCUAUAACAGCCGAAUCAUUUUUCUCCGCGAAAGCGACGCUGGUCUAGCCUCAAGGAAAGGUAAAGGAAAGGCCAAGGAUGUCAAGGAAGUCAGAUAUCCCAUCAACGACUUGAUUAGCCUUCUCGACCGGAAAUUGAUUGUGGAAAGCUCAUCUUGUCUUCAAUCACUUGCUGAACUCUUGUCUGCUGUAACAUUGCCUUUGCCGAAUCUAUUGAAGAAGGAUAAAGAGAAAGCUACUGAUGAGGAGAAGCCGACCAAACCUCAGGGCGGAGGUACAGAAGAGGCUUCUGCUAGUGCCACUGUUGAAGUAGCCCAACCAGCUCAACAACAGGCCGAUGUUGAGAUUCAAGACGCCCCGGUACACUCUGCUACCAACGAAGAGAGUGAGGCUUCUGCAAGUGCGGCUCAACAAUCUGAGCCAGCCGAGACGGGGACGAAUGACAACGCCGACGCCAGCAAUGAAGAGUCAACUACCGAUGGGGCAAAGCCCAAGAAGGCUUUCGAACCCCCCGAGAUCUCAGAACACAACUUGAAACUUGUUGUGAGCAUCUUCGUUGCUCCAGAAUGCAAUAGCGACACUUUCCACUCUACCCUGGAGACGCUGUCGAGUCUCUCGUAUGUUCCCGGCACCUCCGCGGUGUUCAGCAAAGAGUUGAUUCAUCACAUUAGAGAACUUUCAGAAUCCAUCUGCAAAGACCUAGAGGAGCUGAUUCCGCAGCUCAAAGAGGCGCAGUCGAUCACAGACCUCCAUGUGCUCUCUUCAACAAAAUUUUCACACGGUGGCUCUGAUCAAGUCAAGCUCUUGCGCGUUCUCCAGGCAUUAGACUAUCUGUCUGCGCCCAAGGCCGAGAAUGAGGAACAUGAAGGAAACACCGUUGCAAAGAGUAUCCUCACAUCCUCGUACGAAAGCCUCGCGCUGCGGCCGCUAUGGGACAAGUUGAGUGAAUGUUUGACAACCGCUCGCGAUAAGGACAACAUUACCAGCUUUGCUACAAUACUACUUCCCCUCAUCGAAUCCUUGAUGGUGGUCUGUAAGAACACCUCUCUCAAAGAUUCGGUUCUAGCCCGUCAAAUCAGAGAACAGGUGCCUGGAAGUCCUGCACCAGAAGCCAUGGACGACCUUCAGGAAUUAUUCUUCAACUUCACCACUGAACAUCGGAAGAUUCUCAAUGACAUCAUUCGUCAGUCUCCCAAGCUGAUGCAAGGAAAUGGAAGCUUCAGCCUCUUGGUAAAGAACCCCAAAGUCCUCGAUUUUGACAACAAGCGAGCCUACUUCACCAAGCAGAUUCAUUCUAGACUGCACCAGCAACGUCAUAUUCAACCUCCUCUCCAGCUCAACGUCCGCCGCAGUCAAGUUUUCCUGGAUUCUUACAAGGCCUUGUACUUCAAGUCCGCCGAGGAAAUGAAAUAUGGUAAACUCAAUAUUCGUUUCAACGGCGAAGAAGGCGUUGAUGCAGGUGGUGUCACUAGAGAAUGGUUUCAAGUUCUUGCACGAGGCAUGUUCAAUCCGGAUUGGGCAUUGUGGCAGCCUGUGGCAGCCGACCGCACCACAUUCCACCCCAACCCUCUGAGUUGGAUCAAUGGUGAACACCUUCUCUACUUCAAGUUCAUCGGUCGCAUCAUCGGAAAGGCCUUACACGAGGGACGCGUCCUUGACUGCCAUUUCAGUCGGGCUGUUUACAAGCGGCUUCUCGGAAAGGAACCCAAUCUGAAAGAUCUUGAGUCUAUGGACCUUGACUACUACAAGAGCUUGGUUUGGAUCCUGGAGAACGACAUCACCGACGUCAUUACAGAAGACUUUUCUGUGGUUGAGGAGCAAUUUGGCGAGGAGAAGAUCGUGGAUCUCAUUCCAAAUGGCCGAAAUAUCCCAGUGACGGAGGAGAACAAGAGAGACUACGUCAACGCUCAGGUUCGCUAUCGCCUCACAACCUCGGUGAAAGACCAGCUCGAGAAUUUCGUCAAGGGUUUCCACGACAUCAUCCCCGCAGAACUCAUCGCGAUCUUCGAUGAGCAAGAACUCGAAUUGCUCAUCUCUGGGCUGCCAGAGAUUGAUGUGGACGACUGGAGAGCCCAUACCGAAUAUCACAACUACACUGCGAACAGCCCUCAAGUUACGUGGUUCUGGCGCAUUGUUCGCGGAAUGAGUAAUGAAGAACGAGCGAAGUUGUUACAAUUCGUCACUGGCACCAGCAAAGUCCCUCUCAAUGGCUUCAAGGAUCUUGAAGGAAUGCAAGGCAAUACUUUGUUUAGUAUACACAAGGAUCCGAGUCAAUCUCGCCUGCCAACGAGCCACACUUGUUUCAACCAGCUUGAUUUGCCCGCUUACGAUGACUAUGAUACUCUCAAGAACAACUUGAUGACGGCAAUUAAUCUCGGCGCUGAUUAUUUCGGUUUCGCGUGA